ACUUGACUUAAGCGUUUUGGAACUAUUCAAGAAACAGGAAUAAAUUGUAUGAGCAGCUUCAUGUGCCCUUCUGUGUUCUUUAAUAUGAGUGUUAUUUUGUUUUUUGAAAACAUGUCUAAGGAAUAUAUUAUAGGAGGAUAGGGCACUAGUGGAUUGAUGAAAAACUGAAACCUUAUAUAUAUAUUUCACUCUUCAAUGGAAGUUCUAUAAAGACAGAUAUUUGGUCAUAAUAUAUGAAAUAACAUGAUUCGCUGGCUUAGCUGCCUGAUAAUUGUAGGUGUGGCUGAAUCAUCAAGGAUUCUUGCAUUCUUUCCUAUGCCUAUACCUUCGCACCAUUUUAUCUUUCGACCUGUGAUAGAGGGAUUGUCCAAGAAUGGUCAUGAUAUUCUCUACGUGUCUGCCUUUCCUUACGAGGAAAUUCCGAAGAACGUUACGCAGAUUGACUUAGCAAAGUACGACUUAAUGGCUGAAUUCGGUGAUUAUGAUUACAUGAAAGUCAGCGAGAUGAGUAUAAUGGAAUAUACAAAUGAGAUGUACUUUUUUGGAAAAAUGAUGGCCCAAUAUUAUCUUGGAACUAAAGAAGUUCAGGACUUAAUUCACUCAGAUCAGAAGUUCGAUGCUGUUAUGUUUGAAUCUUACUUCUAUCAAGAAUAUUUAUCAGCAUUUAUACAUAAAUUCGAUGCUAUCGGUAUAGAAGUGAUAACUCUAGGAGAUUGUGCUUGGGUGAACGAAAUGUCGGGCCUACAAGACAACCCUGCCUACCAAGUUGAUUUUAAGUCAGGCCACUCCAGCAAUAUGAACUUUUGGCAAAAAUUGUACAACAUCUAUGUAACAGCUUUAACUGUCCUAAGCAGUUACUUCUACUUACAUUACCAUCAGCAGCCAAUCAUGGAUCAGUACUUCAACUACACCGGGUGGGAGAGUCGUCCAUCCAUCGACGUUCUUGCCAGAAACAGGAGCUUAAUCCUGACUAAUUUCGACCACGUGUUCGCAGAUCCUUAUCCAAUGGCCCCACAUCGCAAAGACAUCGGUGGGAUAAAUAUCAAAACGCCGCAACCAUUACCAGAGGACUUACAAAAAUUCAUGGAUGAGAGUAAACAAGGAGUGAUUUACAUGUCACUGGGGUCUCACAUAAACCCUGCGAACUUUAAAAAUCAAAUGAGGUUCUUCCUAGAUGUUUUCCGAGAUUUGCCACAAAGAAUAAUUUUGAAAUACGAUUCAGAGGAAGGCAGUCAAAUACCACCUAACGUAAAAGUAUCCAAGUGGUUACCUCAGCAGAAUAUACUAGCUCAUAAGAAAUGUAUUCUUUUUAUAACACACGGAGGAUUGUUGAGCUUAUCUGAAGCUAUAUACUAUGGUGUCCCUCUUAUUGGGAUCCCAAUUUUGGCAGACCAGGUCAAGAACAUGGCAAUGAUGGAGUCAAAAGGAAUUGGAAGGAUGCUGAAACUGAAAAAUAUCACUCGUGACUCAGCCUCAUGGGUUAUUCGUGAACUACUCUCAAACAAUCGUUAUAGGGAUGAAGUUCUCCGAAGAUCAAAAAUGCUAAAGGAAAGGAGAUAUUCUCCUGUUGAAGAAGCAGUUUACUGGGUCGAACACACUCUCAAAUAUCCAUUCGCACUGACUCCUAAAUCAGUAAAUCUCUCUGCUAUUCAAUUACAUCUGAUAGACAUAAAGAGCAUUGUAACAUUAGGACUACUCUCAGUACUUUGUAUUUUUUACUUUGUUUUUAACGUAGUUAAAAAAGUUUUACUUAAAGCAAUAAGGAAGCCUAAGCCAAAAGUUCACUAAUAAAAAAUAUUUAUUAACUAUAUAUCUG